AUGAUCGUCCAAUUUGCUACAGUACAGCUAUGGUCUGCUAUUACUGGGACUCGCCCCGGCGUCUUGCUAUCACGAAAUAUUUCUCUGCCUGGUGAAUCGUCGUCUAUGGGCAAGCGCAAACGAGCUCAUACCUUCCAAAGUGAUCUUCCGAAGUACAUAUCCUUGAAAGAUCUUCCCGAAUCCGUCUGCUAUCGCGAUAUUGAACUUUUCUACCUGAAAGACUGUCAGAGCAAACGUGAUGUUCUCUGUGCUAUCAUAGAGUUUCAACCAAAUUCUUUAUGUAUGGUGAUUAACCAUCUAGUAUAUUGCCCUAUUGCUCAGAUAAUCUUGUUUGCUUUCCGCGAUGGAGUGUUUGUCAAUACUGAUCUCACACCUGAGCUUAUUUGGCGGCUGCGAGUUCCUAAACAUCAAUCCUCCCUUCUCCUCCGGUGGAAGCCCGAAGUCCUCAAUAUACCUCUCUUGCGACGCUUUGAGCGCACUCCGUAUGGUUAUGAACUUCAUGGCUCUCUAGCGAUGACUUACGAAUCAAGUCGGCAGGCUCUAAAAGAACUGGGUCGAGAUGCUAGAUUUGAAGACGACAUCGGACAUUAUAAUUUUCGCUGUUGGACGGCAAACGACGUUAAUCCCAAUUUCACCAGUCAGGAGCGGCAAAGAGUGCUUGGUCAGUCUGGCGAUGCUGUUUUUGAAAAGCAUUACCAAUCGCAAUUUAUUGGACGCGAUCUCCAGCAUGUUGUUCUUCUUCGACCGUCCCAGGAAGGGUUACUCCGCUCUGCCGGGAGUAUGCUCAGGAAAAGGGAUCUUAAUGCUCCAUCCGAGCUCACCGAAACGCAUAAACGUGCUAUUUGCCAACAUCCGGAUAUUCUGCAGCUUCGACGAGAGAAGAGAGAACUCAGAGCGGAAAUGAUAUCCUUGGCAGGUAGUAUCAAAAAUGCCCGGGAGCCCUUCCCGCAUCUCUACCAAAAGCAUGAGAAUGUCAAAAAAGAAAUCUCUAAACUCCGAAAGAGGCUAGCAACUGACACGAGAAAGGCAGCUAGGAAAGAUCAUUUCCAAAAUGCGCCCGUACUAGAAGUGGACAGACAGAUAAAGCAACUUCUCGACGAGUCCGAUGAAGUCUCUGACGAUGAAAACACUGAUAAUGAAAGCUGGGAAUUCCCUGUUCCUGAUUAUGUUUUUGCCGAACGGGCACGCUUGGUGGAAAACUUCUAUGGGCCCGAUGUAGAGAGCUUUGACGAGGGACAAACUACUCGCUCGACGUAUCCAGGUUACCAAGGAUAUGGUUGUAUUGAUUCAGUUGAACGAGCCGAGCAGGCGUGGCAAUCGAGUCAAUUGGGAUGUUGA